GCGGCAGCGGUGGCGACAUGAGCAGCGGGGCGGCGUCCGGGACUGGGCGGGGGCGGCCCCGGGGCGGGGGGCCGGGGCCCGGGGACCCCCCACCCAGCGAGACACACAAGCUGGUGGUCGUGGGCGGCGGCGGCGUGGGCAAGAGCGCACUGACCAUCCAGUUCAUCCAGUCCUACUUUGUGUCUGACUAUGACCCAACCAUCGAAGACUCCUAUACGAAGAUCUGCACUGUGGAUGGUGUCCCGGCCCGGCUGGACAGUGAGGGCGAGGGAGUCCUGGACACUGCAGGCCAGGAGGAGUUCGGUGCCAUGCGGGAGCAGUACAUGCGCGCCGGCCACGGCUUCCUGCUGGUGUUUGCCAUUAACGACCGGCAGAGUUUCAACGAGGUAGGCAAGCUUUUCACGCAGAUCCUCCGAGUGAAGGACCGAGACGACUUCCCCAUCGUGUUGGUUGGGAACAAGGCAGAUCUGGAGACACAGCGCCAGGUCCCCCGAUCUGAAGCCUCUGCCUAUGGCGCCUCCCACCACGUGGCCUACUUUGAGGCCUCGGCCAAACUGCGCCUCAAUGUGGACGAGGCCUUCGAGCAGCUGGUGCGGGCCGUACGGAAGUAUCAGGAACAAGAGCUCCCGCCCAGCCCACCCAGCGCCCCCAGGAAGAAGGACGGGGGCUGUCCCUGUGUCCUCCUGUAGCCCCGGCGGCGGCGUGAGAGGAGCAACCAGCACGAGCUCUUGGGACCAGCUGCCCUCACCGAGCCUCAGUUUCCCCAUCUGGGUUUCCCAGGAUACACUACACCCCCAUCUGUAAUUCCUGGCUUCCUCCAGGACAUCGCCACUGUGUGCCUUCUGCCAAUAUGCCUCCUUUCCCCACCCGAGCCCCUUGUUGGGGUGAGGGGCUCCCGGGCAUCCGGGUCACUGCUGUAUAUAAUUCCCCUCUCCACCCCUAGGGAAAUAAACGUCACUGCCAAUGUCA